AGACGACAGCCUCCGGCCUGUAGUGACGGCCCCAGGGGACCCGAGGAAGCGGGGGCCGCGCACCCCGCACUUUCGCAUCACUCGGGGGGCGCCUGCACCCGCCCGUGGCUCAGGCAGGCCCGCGUGCGCCUCCGCGGUGGGAAAGGAUUCUUGCGGCCGAGCGAGAAAGCCAGAAAGACCUGGCAGGCUGUCGGCCAGCUUCUACCCCAGGAACAGACCUUUGCUCAUGUAAUGGGAUGAGGCCUCCGAGUGACUUCCUUCUCUUGAGAACUAGGCCAGCUAAUGUUACAGACCUAAAGAGUUCAAAGUGCCUUUUCUGUGUCCCCAGCCAGAGUUGUUGCAGCCAGUGCUAGACUUAGGGUGACCUCCCUGCAGGGAUCACAAUGAUGAGUCCAGUUCCUGCCUGCCUUUGGAACGGCUGGGACAUCAGCUCUUGAAAGAAACCGAGGAAUCUGCAGACCAGUUUUCAAGGCCACAGCCGUUUUCCCUCUGGUACUUUCCAGGUAUUAAAACCACAGAUUAUUGACUGGAAAGACAGGCAUCAUGUUCACAGCACCUGGCAUGGCAGCGGUUGGGGGAAGACCUUAUUCCUGCAGUGAAUGUGGCAAGAGUUUUCGGUACAGUGCAGUGCUGCUGCGGCACGAACGUGCACAUGGUGGUGACAAGCGUUUCCGCUGUCUAGAGUGUGGUGAACGUUGUGCUCGAGCCUCAGAUCUGCGUGCGCACAAGCGGACCCAUGCUGGCCAGACCCUCUACGUCUGCAGUGAGUGUGGCCAGAGCUUCAGUCACAACAGCCUGCUGGACCUGCACUUGGGGACGCACCGGAGGCGUAGCCACACUUGCCGUUGCCGCCUCUGUAGCCACCGCUUCCCUCACGUCCCUGCACUGCUGCUGCAUCGGGUCCGUCAGCACCCACCAGAGAAGCCGCACCGCUGCCCACUGUGUGCCCGUUCCUUUCGGCAGAGUGCUCUUCCUUUUCACCUGGCACGGGCACACCCCCCGGAGACCGCCACUGCCACUGCCCCUUCUCCUAGCACGCUCCACCACUGUACACAGUGCCCACGGGCCUUCCGUAGCAGUGCUGGGCUACGGAACCAUUCCCGUAUCCACGUGGUCCUCAGUCUCAGCGACCCUGGCCCUGAGGCCCACCAAUGUGGUGUGUGUGGAAAGAACUUCAGCAAGAGUUCCACACUUACACGACAUCUCCAGAGGCACUCAGGGGAGAAGCCUUUCAAGUGCCCUGAGUGUGGCAAGGGCUUCUUGGAGAGUGCCACGCUGGUGCGGCACCAGCGAACACAUACUGGGGAAAAGCCAUACGCGUGUAACGACUGUGGACGCUGCUUUAGCGAGAGCUCCACACUACUGCGCCACCAGCGCAGCCACCAGGGUGAACGGCCACAUGUGUGCCCCACUUGUGGCAAAGGCUUUGGACAGCGAUAUGACCUUGUGGUGCACCAGCGCAGCCACACGGGCGAGAGGCCCUUCCCAUGCCCAGAGUGCGGCCGGGGCUUCACAGACCGCUCAGACCUCACCAAACACCUGCGCACACACACAGGGGAAAAACCUUACCACUGUGAGCUGUGUGGCAAGCGAUUCACCUGCAUCUCCAACCUCAAUGUGCAUUUGCGCAAUCAUGCUGGCCAUAAACCACACAAGUGCCCAGAGUGUGGCAAGUCCUUCAGUGUUGCCUCCAAACUUGCACUGCACAGAAAGACACACCUAGGUGAGCGGACAGCAGAGUGCUCGGAGUGUGGCAAAUUCUUUAGCCAUGGCCGGUCACUGUCACAACACCAGCGGUCCCACAGACGUGCUCGAGCAGCAGCCAUGGCAGCCACUACCACCACCACUGUAGUCACUGAGGUGACAGUAAGUCCUUCCCUUGCCCUCACAGGGCCAAUGCAACAGGAAAAACCAGGGCUCUUGGUGUCUCCAUUUCAGGAAACUUGCUAAGAGGACCCCAUGAGGGGUGUGGGU